AACGCAAGUGGCGUAUAUGUGCAACGUGGCAUUGUCAGAGAACUCGAUAGUAAGGGCGAAUCGUUGGGUAAUGGAUAUUUGAGCGGGAACCGCUUGACGAUUCCGCUGGGGAGUAGGUCGAAGGUGACAGACAACCGGGUGUACGCAGUGGCUUCACAAACCGCACAAUAAUCCUCCGUCUCCGCCUCGCCUCGCGAGCAGUAUCACGCUCCACUGGCCUUUUAAAUAAUCCUCUGACUAAUCAAUCAUGGGGAAUAUGUUUGCAACAUUAUUCAAAGGCCUCUUUGGCAAAAAAGAAAUGAGAAUUUUGAUGGUGGGUCUUGAUGCAGCAGGUAAAACCACAAUACUGUACAAAUUAAAAUUAGGGGAAAUUGUUACUACAAUUCCUACUAUAGGUUUCAAUGUAGAAACAGUUGAGUAUAAGAAUAUAAGUUUCACCGUAUGGGAUGUAGGUGGCCAAGAUAAAAUAAGACCACUCUGGCGACAUUAUUUUCAGAAUACGCAAGGUUUGAUAUUCGUCGUUGAUAGUAAUGAUAGGGAACGUAUUGGCGAAGCACGCGAAGAAUUGAUGAGAAUGCUCGCGGAAGAUGAACUGAGAGAUGCGGUACUCCUCAUAUUUGCUAACAAACAAGAUCUGCCAAACGCAAUGAACGCAGCAGAGAUCACUGAUAAGUUGGGAUUACAUUCUCUACGUAAUCGUAAUUGGUAUAUCCAAGCAACGUGUGCCACAAGUGGGGACGGACUUUACGAAGGCCUCGAUUGGCUUUCCAAUCAGCUAAAAAAUGCCAACCGCUAAUUGGGAAAUUAUUCUGUCAACAUUCUAGUUGCUACAUUAACAUCAUACAAAAAUAGCUGCACACCUGUCCCCCCUCGGCUCUUUGCGAUAAAUGAGUAACAUUAUAAGAAACAAAAUAUUAACUGCAAGGUCUCUUUGAUCUUGAAUGGUGGAUAUAGAAGGUUUAUUACUGAGAAUUGUCUGUGUCGGCAGUUUUUCGGGGGGAGGAGUGAGCAAGCGGGGCCGUGGGCACACGAUCGAACGGCCACACCGGACUAUUGCCUUGCGCAAAUCUUAUUAUUAUUAUUAUUAUUAUUAUUAUUAUUAUUAUUAUAUUAGCAUUAUAGUUACACAACUUUUUACACAGAGAUGCCACGAAAAUGUGGAGAACUUGAAGUAAUUAUAUUAAAGUACCUAACUCUGAAACAUACGAUACACAUUAAUUAAUGAAUAAUUUAAAUGAUACCUUCGAUAAAAAAAAUUCCAAACGAUGAAAAACAAGAAUAAAGUACCCACAGUGUUAUCAGUUUUGAAUGCGUUGGACAUACCGAUUAUCAUAAUGUAGCUGCAUAUUGUACAUUACAUUAUAUAAAUACGAUAAAAUGUGAUCAGUAGACAA